GUAUGUGAACGUGCGGGUGCGCGUGCGGGUGUGCGCGCGUUGCGCCGCCUGUGGCCACGUGUGCAGCUAUACCUUGCCGCACUGCAGCCACGCGCAAUGCUGCGUGGCUCCUUGCCGCCGCUGCCAUCAAAGGACGUGUGUCGAUCCCCUCGCAGCCCCAGCCGUCGCUCCAAAGGCAAAGGCGCCGGCGGCGGGGAGCCCGGCGAGGGCUACGAGUGCGUCGGAGCCUGGCGCUACGAGGCGGAGCGCCGACCACACUGGCACCGGCACAUGCACUAGUGUGCCCCAGGGCUGCGGCACGUGUGUCCCGAUGCUGCACUGGCGCCCUCCAGCGCACACACAAAACACACAUGCACGCGGAAUGGCGUACAGCGCGCGGGAUUCAGCAGCGGCUGAGGUGGGGCUAGCUGGUAGCAGCGGGCCAGACUCCGUAUGAGCCAAGCAGCAGAGCGAGUGUCUUGCUUGCGCGGCUGCGGCUUGCGGUUGUAGUAAAGGUGCUGUCGGCAGGGCGGCGAGGCAGGCGGCGGGGGUAUUUUGGCCAGAACUGCG